AUGGUGCUGGUGCUUGAUGAGCAGCGUAAACUGUUAAAACUUAAAGAUAUUUGGCGUAUAUUAAAUAAAAUACGUUCUGUUAUAUUUCGUGUUAAUUUAAAUCUUUGGGAAUACUUUCGUCCACUAGAUCCUAAUAAUGAUAAUUUAAUAUCAGAAACAAAAUUUAUUUCGGUUUUUACUGGACGUUUAAAAAAUACUUUAGGUCUAUCAAAUAUUGAAAUAAAUGAAUUGACUGAUUAUUUUCGUACACCUGAUGGUCGUGUUUAUUACUCACAAUUUUGUCAAAUUAUUCACGAUAAUGCACCGGAAUUCAGCUCAAAACCAACGAUUACAGGAUUAGAAUGGGAAGAUCCAUUACAUGUAAAUCGUAUGAGUAAAACAGAGCUACGUAAAUUAAAUUUAAUAAUUACGCAGAUAGCGGUUAAUAUAAAUAAAAGAAAUUUGAUACUAAGACCUUAUUUUCAAGAUUAUGAAUUGGUCGCUAAGAAUACCGGGACGGUUACAGUGGCACACUUUGGACGAAUUUUGAAUCAUUUGGGAAUUGUAUUGGCUUGUGAUGAGUUCAAAUUAGUGGUAAAGAGGUUCGCUAAAGAUGGCUACACUGUUAAUUAUGUUGAGUUUGUCAGAGCUGUUGAGGAGGCACAGAAUUAUAUGGAUCGACAUGGAAUGCUCAGUGUUUCGGGGGAUUUAUUAGACCAGUUUCCUGGAAGGAUAAUAACAGCAGAGCUGCCAAAAUUACCACGGCCAGAAAUAGGUAAAAAAAAUCCCCAUGAAAUAUUUGGAAAGCAAUCAAUUUUCCAUCCCGCUUUCGAAAAAAAGUAUCAAGAAAUGCCACUUGAAGAAAUAAUAAUGCGAAUUCAAAAAUUGGUUUUAGAACGUCGUCUUCGGAUCCGCGAAUUUUUUCAACAUUUUGAUAUUUUGAAUUCUGGUCGAGUAACUAAGUCGCAAUUUCAUCGCGGAUUAGACUCGAUUUUGAAUUCGUCGUCAGGCAGAUUAUAUUUAUCAGAACAUGAAAUAAAAAAUAUAAUAAAACAGUAUGCGGAUCCAAAUGACCCAGAUCGCGUAUUGUGGCGAGUUUUUGAGGAUGAUGUUAAUCAUGUGUUUACAAUAAAUGAAUUAGAAAAAUUACCCAUGCUUCAAGCUGAUUUUCCACCGGAACAAAUCCGUGAAUUACCCGAGCGCGGUUCCAAAAAUUGGAAUCAUGUCGAUUUCGAUUCAAGAGAUUUGUGCGAAGAAACUCUGAUUAACAUUCGAAGAAAAGCUCAGGAGAGGCAAAUUUAUCUGAAACAAUUUUUCAAAAAUUAUGAUAAAUUAAAUCAUGGCUACGUAUCACGAAACCAACUAAGACAAGUUUUAACCACAGCAACAAUUCUUGUGUCACCCGAAGAAAUUUUCGCACUCGAACAAAGAUACAAUGAUGAAUUGGGUUUUAAUUACUUAUCUUUUCUAAAAGACAUCGAUGCGACCCCUAUAACAACUCCAUUGUACAAAACAAUGCUUGAAGAAUUGAAACAACUGAAUUCUGAACCUCCACAAAAAGCUCCAUCUUCAGAUGAUGAAGAUAUUGUUUUAAUCAUUGCUAAAAUAAAGGCUAAAGUUAUUCGAGAACGCGUUACAGUUAUAGAUGUUUUACGUCAAUAUGAUCCAAGAAAUGAACAAGUAAUAACAAAUAAUGAUUUUAAAAGAGGUCUUGAUCAAUUAAAAUGUAAUUUAAAUCAUCAUGAAAUCAACACAUUAAUUAAUUACUUUAAAUCACCUUUAAGGUCAAAAUAUGUCGAUUAUGUAAGAUUUAGUAACAUAAUUGAAGAAGCAAUAACAAUUGGAUUUUUAGAAAAAUCACCAUUACUAUUUCCAUUGCAACAUAUUCCAUCAGAAGCAUGCCCACAAUCAUUUUUAAAUUACGAUCAACGUUUAAUUAUUUCACGAGUUCUUGAUAAAUUAAUUACUGUCUAUUGUCCUAAUUUAGAUGAAAUUUUUAAGGAUUUUGAUAAAUGUAAUACUGGUACCGUGAAUAAAGAGCAAUUAAUGAGAGCACUAUCAGUACGCAAUAUGCUGACUUUAUUGAAUCAAACCGAAAUAGACACUCUGUACAAAUGUUUUACAAUCGAACGUGAAAAUAAUUAUUUAAUGGAUUACAGAAAACUAUUGCGAACAUUAGAUAUUUUGAAGACAAAUAAAAAGUAUUUGCCAUUUUAA